GAAAUGUGUAAAAUAGGAUCAAAAGCCAAGUGGUGCAUGUUCCAUGUGAGGAAACCAUGUCGAGAAUAUUGAAACUCAAAAUGUCUGCUGAGGAAAAGCCAGACGAGCUGAAAACCUCGCCCAAAAAGCAAGAAAAGGGAAAACCAAAGAAAGGUCGACAUCAUCAUAAUCACGACCACCAUCAUCAAGUGACCCAAGAUAGAGUUUAUAAACUAGACCCUGCCAGAUUCCAUGGCGAUGGCGUUCUGUUCAAAGCCAAGUUGAUUGGUACAGAGGACGUGCCCGAGGCCCGUGGAGAUAAAAUCUGCCAAGAAGCGAUGACGAAAUUAAAAGCGGCCCUAAAAAGUCAGGGAGGCCACAAGCAGAGGCUGAAUAUUUAUGUGUCUCUUGAUGGGAUGAAGAUCUAUGAUGAGAAAAGCUCGAAACUUAUCCAUCAUCAUGCAGUGCAUCGAGUGUCAUUCAUAUCACGUGACGUGGGAGACACCCGGGCGUUUGGCUACGUGUGCGGAGAUGGCGAUGGACAUCACAAAUUCUUUGGAAUUAAAACGGAAAAAGCUGCUGAACAUCUGGUGCUAACCUUAAGAGACUUGUUCCAAGUUGUCUUCGAACUGAAAAAGAAAGAAGUCGAACUUGCCAAGAAAGCGAAAGAGAACAACAAUGAGGUUGACGCUUCAACGAAUGCAGAAGAACCAGUCUACGAAGUACCUAAAGGCUGUCCGCGAGAAAUUACGAUCGUAGCCACCGGUACACCCAGGGAUGACCCUGAUUCACACAUCUAUGAAGUUCCCAAGAGUAAUGCUGCAGUAGCAGUCUCAAAACCAGACUCGGGUAUCGGGACUUUGCUGGAUCUGGAGACAGAACUGGCCUCGCUAUCACAGGGUAUUGCUCAGAUGGAUGCCUUCUCUGAUCCGUUCUCGACCACCUUUGACUCGCCUCCAAGUACAAACGCCAAUACUCAACUGAAUGGGACACCAAGAGUUGAUGUGUGGGGUAGCCCACAGCCUCAGCCUGGCAUUACGCUUACAGCCCAUGCACAAGCUUCACCUACGACUGGUGCUUGGGACUCCCAUCCACAACAGCCUGCGCCUACACUAGCAGCUCAAGCUCACUUUCCUCCCCUUGCUGCUCAAACGAAUCCUGACCCAUUCGUUGUUCCUCGUCAACCAGGGGCGAUUCCUGUUCUGCCAACACCACCAAGACCAGUGGCAACGUCACAUGUUCAGCCUGUGAGCAACCAGUCAACGCCAUCAGCUACGAUGAGUGCGUUUCCACCCGUUACGUCGACUGUGAAUGCUCCCUUUGGAGAGAUGUCUACACCAAAGGCGCCGGCCGACCCUUUCGAGGCUGAUCCUUUCUUCAGCAGCACCCCGGCAACCAAACCACAAGAAGGUGACAAGUACGCCGUGUUUCAGGACUUGUCUUUGGAUGCAACUGCUGCAAGUUCGGUCAAUUUCAACGAGUCAACUAUGUACGGCAGUAACGUCACUGAUAAUACCAUGAACAAUGCUUUUGCCACAAGUGGGAAUAUCUUCGAUGGGCCGACCGUGUUGCAGCCAGCGGUUGUUCAACCUGAACCGCAGGUGACAAGUACCAAAGGUCUCUUCGAUGACCUGAACCCGAUCACCGUUACCGAUCGUUCAAAACCACCCAAGGAAAUGUUUGCUGAGAAGAUGCAGGUGCCCAAGAAGAGUUUAAACGAGAUUAAAGUCGAGCAACGCGUGAUGACGCCAGACUUUGAUUCUCAGAGGCAACCGUCGCCCAAUCCGUUUGGUGGUGGGGGACUUAAUGCGUCAGUGGGAUUCAGUAACGACCCCUUCCAGGUAAACACGGAUCCAUUCUCUGUGCAGCUCGCUGGAAAUAAAUCAUCAAGGGACGCUGCUGCAAAGCCAUUUUCUUCCGACCCGUUUUCAGCGCCACCAAGCGCUCAGAUCAGUGCCUCAAGUGGCAAUGCGGAUAAUAGUUCCAAUCCUUUUGAACCUGACACUUUCACCACACACGAUCGAUCAAACACUCCUACAGUUGAAGUCACUCCUCCGUCAUGUCCACCUCCUACAUUAUCAAAAUCUGGUCCUGUCCUGUGUACGAGUGACGACUUUGACCUUCCAUCCCCUGAUGCACCACCUCCACCACUGCCAGCCGAGGUACAAAUUGGCUUCUCCGAUGUUGCACCAGCACCCCCACCUCGCCCGCGACCAAAGUCAAACCAGUCACAGCUAACAACAAAACCGACGGACCUUCCAAAACUCUCGCCACCUUUACCACGUCCGAGAAAAUCAUUACUAAAAUCACCCGAACAGACGGAUGAAUCCGGAACGGCGGACAAUUCGGUCAGAGAUGCGGGAUCCAGUGCCAUGGUUUCAAAGACAGUAGAACCGGUAACCGACCCGGUAGAUCCUUUUGCCUCCGACCCAUUCUUCACAUCACCAAUUCCACCACAGAUCAAGAAACCCACUGAUGACCCGUUUGCCAAAUUUGAUGCAACGUUCCCCGGCGAAUCGGUGUCAUUGUCGAGUGAUUCCUCCGAUCCAUUCAACAUGCCAUUUGACUUCAAUACCAAAGGUCAGGAGCCGCUGUACGCAACAGUUAACAAACAGAAGAGGGAAGUUGAUCUACUUUGAAUUCUCCCAAGUCGAGACGAGAAGAUUCUGCCUUUGAGGGACGUUCUUCCUUGGAAACUGUUCAAGUUCUACUCCCUAACAACUUCAUACCAUGGAUAUCUCUUUGGCUUUCCUGGAUGUGUGAUAGACUGCUCUGUGGAGCCAUCUCUGUUAUUGUUUGCAAUUUGCAACUAAAAGUCCAUGUAGCUUAUUGGUAGACACACAAAUGCCAAGUGUUUUUACAUAGACAGUGGAACCUCGGCUACGGACACCUCUCUAUUAAGGACAAUCUCUCUGUUAAGGACACUAUUUUUGGUCCCAAAUUGGUUGUUUCCAUUCAAUUUGACCUCUCUAAUCAGGACACCUCUCUAUUAAGGAGAGCACUUGUCAGUCCUGAGGGUGUCCGCAAUAGAGAGGUUCUACUGUAGUAUCUUGAUAGAUGGUGCUGGAGUGCCGUCAUCGGCAAGAAAUAUUUUGAGUUAGAAUGUCGAGCUGGAGAGUACGGCUAUCUGAACAUGUGCAUUGGGAAGAUUUUUGUCUUCCUGAUAAGUUUUUGAAAAAAACUACAUUUGUUGGUCUACCAACAAGUUGCAACCAGAGAGUGAUUUUAAAUGGGCCUUUAAAUGGUACCUAAGAACCCUAUGAAAUAUAUCGUGAUCUGUUGAAAUGUUGGUACUGGUGUGUGGAAUUUAUUCUGCAUGGAGGCAUAGUUUCAAUUCUUGGGAAACACUCAAUAAUCGCUAUUCAAAGUAGUUGCCGCAGAUAUAUGUAACGGUAUUUAGAGAAUUUUGCUUCAGAAACCAAAUACUCAAAACGACGAAAUCUCCCAAAAGAAAUCUUCCUACUUUUAGAUCUUCCAUUGCAAGCUCAUUGUGUCAGAUUUUGCGAUCAAAUUUUCAAAUAUAUUUUACUGAAAGAUCUGCUCAGUUAUUCCUGUUGUGUCAUAGGUGUGUCUGAAAAAUCAUUCUUUCUCAUUGUUUGUUGGCAUGUUAACGAUGACGUGCUGAGUUGCCAUUGGCCUCUUGAACAGUCGGCAAAGCAGUGAUGAUAUGUCAGGUCAACGUCGCUGAUCUGCCCAUGAAAAUUAGGCUACAUCAUUUGAUUACUAUGACGUCCCAAAGUGUAGCGUUGUUGAACUAACACUCAGUCGAGUGGCGUUAGGCACGCAGAUGCUGCGUGACAUCAGAAUGUUGUCAUUUGUUAACAAAGAUAACCAUCUUUACAUCCAUGUUUAUUCCCAUGUGCAUGGGGAACAGACAAAAUGUACACAAAAUGGACCCAGGCUCUUGCACGCCUUUCAACAGAUCUGGCCUUCCUUGAUAUCCAAAUACAGUGGAAUCUCCCUUAGCGGACACUUCUCUAUUAAGGACACUGAUUUUGGUCCCAAAUUAGGUGCUUCCAUUCAAUUUGACCUCUCUAAUGAGGACACCUCUCUAUUAAGGACAGCACUUGUCAGUCCCGAGGGUGUCCUUAAUAGAUAGUUUCUACUGUAUACUAGUAACAAAAUAGCAGCCGAUAGUCAGGGGCUUUGCGAGUUUUUUAGAGCUCAAUUUUAAGACCUCAUGACUUUCUGGCAGCAGCAGAUGCUAAGCUGUUGAUAUGCACAUGAGUAGAAUAAUAACAAAAAACAACAUAUCCACGUUUUAAAGUUUACUGGGGGGGGGGGCAUUUUUGCAAUACAUACAUUCAAAUUUCCAACUUGACACCGUGACGUGACUGAAAUACUUGUGUGAUAUUGGGAUCGCAUCUUCAGGUGCCGUACUCGAUAAAUGGGGUAUACCUGGUUUAUCGAGUAUAAAUGAAAUGCAUAAUUGGAUGGCAUACUCAAGAAAUCGUGUAUACUCGGGAUAUCGAGUGUAGGUCAGACCACUUGAAUAGAUGUCUUCAGUCAGAUGGGACGUGUUUGUGAAAUAACCGAGUAUCUUUAAUAUUCCAAUAAAAACUUUUGUAUCGUGGGUAUUGAUUUGAUAUUUAAUUGAAGUUUUAUAGUGGUGCUUUGUCUGUGAGUUAGUCAUCGAAAUAAUUUUUCAUAAUGAUGUCUUCAAAUUGUUUUGUGAUAAAAUAUUCCCUUACUUUUUUAUUGAAGAAUGUUGCAGUAUGUCACGUCUCUUAGUUCUAGUACUGCACACUGGACGUAAAUCAUAUAAAAUAUAUAAGCUUGCCUUAUAUAUAUAUAACGCCAUCUAUAGACUGUAUGGCAGGUCAAAAGUGUGCACUAUAUGCACAGAGUUGUAUAAAGGUGAGGGCUAGUUUCCGCAAUAUCACAAUAUUUUGCAUGUUUUUUUCGCAGUAGAUGUUUAUUUUCUGAAGAGCAUAACUUUUUUUCUCGUAGAAAUUUUGUGGAGCAAUGAAGGCUACUGCAGUUUGCAAUGUUGCUUACUUGAAGCCCAAUUAUCUUUCUUGUAAGAUUAACAACAACAUGUGACCCGCCAUGACGAAACAAGUCGCAUGUCGCUCUAAGCUUGACAGGUUGAGACGGACUGGUUGUUCAUUUCACUGUUGUCUGCCUUUUGUAACAUCUGAGUACAUCAAUUUCUAUUAUGUCCUUGUGUCAUUUAAGGCUCAUCUUCUGUGCGACAUGCGACUCAUUUUGUUGUGGUGGGUCACGCAUGUCUGUUGCCAUAUUUGCUUUCUGCAAACUGUAUUCAAAAUGUUCUGCUAUUUUUUGUGAUUGACUCUCAAUAUGAACUAUUUAAGCACAUAUUCAUUAUACUAUACCAUAAUAAUGUUUCUACCAUAUUACGCAUGCCAUCAUUAUAGACUAUGGGACAAAUGUAUUUUUGUAUUGAAAUUCUGUUGGUAAAUUGUUGCAUGUGAACAUAUUUUCAAAGAAAAUUCCUUUGUUCAUGUUCCCAACAGAACCUAGUCCAAAAUGCCAAAGAAACCUUGAUUAUUACAGCAUUGCAUUAUCUGUCUAUUUGGUGACUCUAGGUAUUAUUGGGCUAUCUGAUUGGAAUAGAUAACAAGCUUGAAUUUGACCAUGGAGGUAUACCUCCAUGAUUUGACCAAGUGGUCAUCAUUGAUGAGUGGCAGUGUUCUGCAUGUCUGUGUGUGCUCAUCAUUAAUUACUAGGGACAAUGUAAAUAAAAGAUAUUGCGAUCUGUAAAGUCUAAUCACCCUGGAGAACCAGCACCACAUUUCGGGAGGGUGUAUCCUUCCUUGUGUUGUGGUCAUCACACAAAUGACCCACAGAAAAUGCUAACUUUUGCAUGAAAGUCAAAAUAAGAUGACUCAAAGGUACAUAGACUGACAUUUGGUGGACCAAUUAAAAUUGUCUUGAAUAAAAUUGUUUGGAGAACUGGAGGGUCAUUUGAAUGAGUGGAAUAGCAGGUACAAAAACGUUCUCUGCUUGUGUUAUUUGAGUGUAUGAGUAGUUGGCUCGGGGCAAUUAUUACGAUAAAAAUUAGACAUGGACAGUUGGCAUAGUUCUCCCUAUUACAGGCCUAAACCUCUGAUAAAGGAAUGACAUUUAUAGCAUAUCCUGCCUGGAUAAAAACCCCUCUUGAAAUAUGGUGCUGAUGCUUCAGGAUGCUGAUGUACACCCUUGUCGGAAAGUUUAUGGACACCAGUUUUUGCACAUUUUCUCAAAAACGGCUAAUCCUAUUGAACCCAAAUAUUCACCAAUGGUGGAGAAUCUUCCUGGCUAUCGAAUGACGUGAUAGUUGAUAUCAGGACCAAUUGCAUAACAAAGUUAUUACAUAAUUUUGAGAGGCAUCUAUUUUUCACUUUUUGGUUGAUUUUUUUUAAAUCGAAGUAUAAAUCUUGCAUCAUACAGAUAACAAUGCUAAGACUUUCUGUGAAGAAAGUAUUUGAAAAUAUCAUUUACUUUUCAUGAUAUAUCAAAAUAUCAAAAUUUUGAGAUUCUGAAAAUUUUGAGAUUUUUCUGAUUUUUCGAUAUAUCCUAGUAGUACCCAUGUCCCCUGAAUGAAUGGUGAUUUUUUUCUGAUUUUCAACUAAAGGAACAUCUUGAAAUUAUAAUAUGAAAAUUUUCAUACUACCAAGUAUCCACCUUUUCUCAGCAAUAUUAGUUGCUAGCUGUGCUAAAUUGGUGCCAAUCAUUAUUUGGGUAUGACUUCUCCAUGAUACAGUUGCAAAAAACCCAAAAAUAUCAAAUUAUCAAAAUAUCAAAAUUUUGAUAUUUCGAUAUAUCUCAAAACCGAAAUGAGAUUUAUCCAAAUUUUUUUCACAGAAAGUCUUAGCUAUGUGCAAUAUAUACUGUAGGUUAAUUUGGUUUUGAAAAAUUGAUUAACAAAAAA